AUGGAGACGACGGAGAAGGCUGAAAUCUCACCGGAGGAAUUUGACAACCUCCACCAAAGCAAGAAAAAAUAUAAGGGAGACGAUGCUGAAUUCAGUCACGACCAAGCGAUGGUGCCGAGGGAAGAUGAGUGGAUAAGAGAGGGCAUAUCCUUCAAAGAAAUGUUAAUGAGACACAAUGGAGAAUGGUGGAGUGAUGAGGAGGAUAUAUUAUUGGAAAACGGCACUGUGGAGGAGGAAAAAGAGGAGAAUGGCAGUAAGGAAAAGCAACCGGAGGUAACAUGGGAAAUAGAUGGAGAUGGUCGGACUAAUUUCAAGCUUCCAGCUGACUUCAAGAAGAAGGCAUGGCGACCAUGGAAGAAAGCAAUCUAUGUCAAGCUAUUAGGUAAGAAACUGUCUUUGACUUUCAUGAAAAAAAGAUUGGAAAACAUGUGGGCACGGGAGGGCCAAGUUUUUAUCACUGAUGUGGAAAAUAGAUAUCUCCUAGUUCGUUUCUCAUGUCAAAAGGAUCUGGAUCAUGCUUUAACGGCUGGACCUUGGGGGAUUGGUAAUUGGUUGGGUAAAUUUAUCAAAGUGGAUGCUGCAACCACUUCCUUGGCUAGGGGUAGAUUUGCUCGCAUAUGUGUUGAAUUAGAUCUUACCAAGCCACUGAAUGCUGAGUACAAACUUGAGGGAAGACUGAAGCAUGUGGAAUAUGAGGGAUUACAUUUGGUGUGCUAUUCUUGCGGCCAAUAUGGGCAUAGGUUAGAGAUGUGCUCCAAAAAAUGUCCCACUGAAAACGCUGAACCAUCUCAAGACCAAAAUAGGAAGGAACAAGGAGGAGGAGUGGAUACAACUAUGAGUCAAAGCUGCUCAAGUGGAGAUUUAGCAAAGGAAAAUACUUAUGGCCCUUGGAUGUUAGUUAAUAGGCAGAAGAGAUUUAACCGGAUUAAUGAUUUUGCCCAAAAAGGGAAGAAGGAGAACCAUAAUGGCCAACCCACAAGAAGACAAUCAUCCAGAUUUAAUGCUCUUGCAUAUGAAUCUAAUGAUGCAGAGGAUGGAAAAGAGGAGAAUUUGAAUGUGGAAAUUAAUGAGGAAGAAAGCAUUGCAGAGCAUAAUUCAAAAAAUAGACAGGGGAGAAAAAAGGAGAUAAAAAUGCAAUUCAAGUAA